AUGCUUUAUGUACAGAUUAAAACUUCUGCUCCCGACAUCGUGGAGUGUUUUGGCUUAGGAUCACUUUCAGCGCAAAUACAAUCAAUGUUGAAUAUGAAGCCGGAUUCCUCGGAUCAAAUAAACACACAUUUUUAUUUUUCUUCUCGAGGACAAUCAUUCAGAGUGCAGGUGUUCCCAGGUGAUCAGUUCGGUUUAGAGUACACUGAUUUUAAGCCAACCAGAAAGACCGUGUUGAUUGUUCAUGGAUUUAUGAGUCACAGCAACUCAUCGUGGGUGCACAAUAUGACGAGGGCUUUCUUGAAAUGGGUACCCAUAAUUAUUUUGUUUUUAGCUGUUAAGGGUCAUGCAGAUUUCUAUCCCAAUGGAGGAAUGAAGCAGCCAGGCUGUCACAAUAAAACAAAAUCAUUAUGGUCGAGCCUCAUACCUUUUGCUGACAAAUCCGAAAGGAGACAUCCCCGAGCGGAGCUUCUACGUGAUUUGCUGCAUGGUUUUCGUCUGAACCGCGUUCGACCACAAACAACGCCCAAGACUGAUUACGCCGAUCCCAUGCAGAGGAAUAUAGACAAUGACGUCACCACCACCACGAAAAGCAGUUGGUACGACCGGUGGUUCGGGUAG